AUGCUAGAAUUACGACUAGCACAAGGAAACCUUCUGAAGAAGGUCUUGGAACCGAUCAAAGAUUUGGUGAACGAUGCCAACUUCGAUUGUACACCGACCUGUUUGUCUCUACAAGGUCAUACUCCCAUGGCUUUUGUGGUGCUUUCGCUACGAGCCGAGGGUUUCGAGCAUUAUAAAUGUGACAGGAAUAUCUCAAUGGGGAUGAAUCUUACUUACAUGGCGAAGAUGCUUAAGUGUGCUGAUAAUGAUGAUAUUAUUACUAUUAAGGCUGAUGAUGAUGAAAGUGAUAAAGUUCAUUUUGUGUUUGAGAAUCCUAACCAGAGUAAAAUUUCGGAUUUGGAGAUGAACCUGAUGGACAUUGACAGCGAGCGCUUAGGUAUUCCUGAAGGCGAACACCAUGCCACUGUAAGGAUGCCUUCAGCUGAGUUUUCCAGGAUUUGUAAAGAUUUGAGCAGUAUUGGGGACACUGUUGAAAUCUCUGUCACAGAAGAAGGUCUUAAGUUUUCUACUACAGGUGAAUUUGCUUCAGCAAACAUUAUCUGCAAACACAACACAAAGGUUGAGAAGGCUGAAGAAGCUACAAUCAUAGAGAUGAAUAAAGCUGUAUCACUGCCCUUUGCACUAAGAUACAUGAAUUCUUUCAUCAAGGCAACACCUCUUUCGAACACCGUUACAAUCAGUUUGUCUUCAGAGUUUCCUCUUAUGGUUCAAUACGACAUUGCCGAGAUGGGUUACAUCCGAUUCUACUUGGCCUCCAAGAUAGAAGAGGCUGAGUAUGAACAAUAA